AUGCCAUAUGCACUCGGACAGGUCGCGGCGGCCAUGAUGAUUGAGUUCGCUGCAAAUGCAUACGGUCAGCAGGGCUACAGGUUCUACUACGCCGAUGAGCGACAAGUCGAUGGUCGACCUCCUAAUUUGGACAGAGAUGGGGUUGCUCAUGCAGAAAUGUACUGGACCCUGGCGAACGAGGAGAAGCAGUCGAAAUGUCAGGUCACUUUUGUCAAGGGUUAA